CUGACCAGGAGUUGGGGGAAAAAAAAUAUUUUUGGGGUCCGAAAUUUUAAGGCGUUAAUUGUCACUAGAACUGGUGCUUGAAAACUAAAAUUAAUUCUACAACUGUUUGGCAGGAUGACGAGCGUUCAGAACCCGUUCGCAGCACUGCUGCAGGAGGGCUCGACAGUCGAUGGCGUGUCACACAAAUUGGUGGAGGAGAUUCUGCUGUUUACGCUGAAUAAGGAGGGCGGCAGCAAACAGAUUCUCUGCCUGUCUGACGUGGUCGUGGAUACCAGCGAGGAGACGCUGUGCGAGAACCUAGUGGCGCAUGCCCUGUUCGAGCGACUGAUGAUGAGCGACACACUCGAAGGCAAUGGCGAGGCCUGGGAGGCGCAAGCCAUCACUUAUCUGCACGGAGCCUUUGCCAGGUGUGAGCGCAUGCAGGGUGCCAAGAAGACGGGCAGUGCCAAGAUCAAGGAACUGAUUUUGGACAAUGCUAGCACCUGUAUGCGCCAGCCGGACCUCUUUGCUCCCCAGUCGUUCGCCACCCAAUGGCUGGAGCUGUUCGAGCAGGCGAGUGAGCAUGAUACCAGCACGCAGGAGUUUCUGGUGCUUGUGGCCUGUAAAGUGGUCCAGGAGGAUGAGCCCAUUGAAGCUCUCGGUGCGCUCAAGGCGAUAUUUUAUCCAUUGCUGACGGAGCUACAGAAACUCAUUGCCAAGGAUAACUUGAUAACGAUCAAGAAGAAUAUUUUCUGGAUUCUGGGCUUCUUUGUGAAGGACAAGCGGGCUGCGGUACUAGGAGAGAUCCUAAUUGACUAUACCACACCCAAUCCACAGGCAAAAGGCGGCGAGUUCAUGGACACACUUCUGGGCCAACUGCUGUGCAUAUCUAUCUUGCCCAAGACCCAAACUGGCAAAUACGAAUUCUUUCAGCAGUUGUCGAUCAAUCAAACGGAUCCUGCUCUCUGGGGUCUGCUAUCGCAUCAUCAGCAAUCGACUUUUCAGCUCUUCAAGCAGCUGCUUGUUCUGUCGCCGGAAAUCAAGAGAAAGACCAUGCAGUGGAUCGCGAACUGCCUGGAUGCGAAUGUGUCGCGUGGCCAUCUCUGGAACAGCAUGAGCUUGAAUCUCGAGCAGACAAUGUACAGCACAGCUAGCGAUGCAUUUAUGACCAGUCUGUGUGCGGUUCUCACGCGUCUUUGUGCGCCCCUCUGUGUGCCCUCGCUAAAGGUGCUGCUGGUGGAUCCCACAUACUGUGCUGUGGUCGACAAGGAUCGCCAGAUGAAGGGAGUGAGCAUGCUUAAAGCACACGAUGAGACCUGUCUGCUGCCCACCGCCGAGGGUGAAGAGCGACUGACGGCUGAGAAAUAUAACUUUGUCACGGAAAUCUUUUACAUGACCCACAAGUGCUUUGAGCUGGCGAAUCGCCCCUGCAUUGAGCGCCUGUUUCGCGUUAUGCGUGAGCUGCAGAACACCCAGACGGCCUACGAGGAUGUGCUACGCAGUGACCCGAACAAUGAUCUAACCAAGAAUCUGUACCGCAUGCUAAUGGAGCAAAUGCAGCAAGUGCUCUCCAUCAGGAACACACUCUCGGAACCCACAAACGAUAAAGAAAUGCUCAAGUUUUUGGAGGCAUCGGCCAUUUGGCUCACAGAGGUGGCCUUGAUGCCGCGCGAGAGCUACGAGCAGGCGCUGGACAACCGUGACUUUGCCCCACAAAUUCAUCGCAAUCUGGAGCUGCUCUCGGACACGCCACCCUUUGUGGCGCCCUACAUGCAGUCGGUGCCUGAGAGCAUCAUUGAUAAUAUUUCGGCAUAUUUGAAUUUCUGCCGUCGCUUGAAUGGCGAUCAGUUCAUACACAUAUAUUACUCGGUUCACGAUGCCUUCUUCAAGAUGAUUCUGCUGUUCAUGGGCAGCUCCGGGCUGGUGAAGAAUCCCCACUUGAGGGCUAAGCUGGCGGAGGCGCUGGAGUUUCUGCUGCCCACGCCGAGCAUUCACAGCAAUCGGCAGGCAUUCGUCACGCAUGUCUUUGACAAUCACCCGGAUCGCUUGAAGGUCGUGCGGAGUCUGCUGAAUGUCUUUGUCAGCAUCGAGAUGACCGGCCAGUCGGUGCAGUUUGAGCAAAAGUUUAAUUAUCGCCGACCCAUGUACGCCAUCAUGGAGUUCCUUUGGACCAAGCCGGAGCAUGUGCAAUGCUUUCGCGAGCUGGCCAUCGAAGCGGAGGAGAAUAUGGAAGCGAUUGAGCCACCAAUAUUCUUGCGCUUCAUCAAUUUGCUCAUCAAUGAUGCAAUCUUUUUGCUGGAUGAGUCGCUGUCAAACCUGGAGCAGAUCAAGCAGCUGCAGCAGGCCCAGGACAAUGGCGAGUGGAAUAAUCUGGCGCAAAAUGAGCGCCAGCAACAGGUGACCAAUCUGCAUCAUCUGGGCAUGCUGGCACGCUUCGACAACAUCCUGGGUCGGGACACCAUCAAUCUGCUGAAGCUCCUCACCACCGAGAUCAGAAGCAUAUUCUGCCACAACAGCAUGGUGGAUCGCAUUGCAGCGAUGUUGAAUUACUUUCUGCUGCAUUUGGUUGGUCCGCGCAAGGAGCGCUUCAAGGUGAAGGACAAAAAGGAGUUUGACUUUGAUCCGGCCCAAACCGUUCUGGAGAUUUCACACAUUUACAUCAAUCUAAGUACCGACGAUAGCUUCUGCCUGGCAGUCUCACAGGACGGACGCUCCUACAGCGAUCAGCUCUUUGGCUACGCCGAGACCAUUCUCAUACGCAUUGGCGGUGGCCAAUUGAUCGGCGACAUGUCCGAUAUUGCGGCGAAGGUGAAGAAAAUGGGUGACCAGUACAAGGAGGAGCAAGAGCUUCUGGCCGAUGCACCCGAGGAUUACCUAGAUCCGAUUAUAUCCAGCCUCAUGACAGAUCCUGUCAUACUGCCCAGCUCAAAGGUCACCGUCGAUCGUUCCACCAUCGCCCGGCACUUGCUGAGCGAUCAGACGGAUCCGUUUAACCGCGAGCCCCUCACCAUGGACAAGGUCAAGUCGAAUGUGGCACUCAAGCAGGAGAUUGAGCAGUGGAUUGAGGGCAAACGGAGUGCAGCACGCUGCAAAAGCUGA